AUGGCUGAAAGAGCACCUGUCUCCACGGAAGAAACUUUAGUUCGUUAUGACAAUCCUGUACUAGUGGUUACCAAGAGGACUGAAAAAGUAACUUUAGCUGGUUCCUCUAUACAACCCUGUGUCCCUACAGAAGCCAAGAAAGAAACUGAAGAGAUCCUAAAUGCUAUUUUGCCGCCAAAGGAAUGGGAGGAAGAUGGACAAAUAUGGACUCAAAAGAUAUCGUCGACUCCUGCAACUCGGUUGGAUGUGAUAAAUCUGCAAGAAAUGUUGGACACGCGCUUGCAACAGAGGCAAGCCAGAGAGACAGGCAUUUGUCCUGUGCGCAGACAACUAUACACGCAGUGCUUCGAUGAACUUAUACGACAGGUAACAAUAAAUUGUGGCGAAAGGGGUCUCCUGCUACUAAGAGUGAGAGAUGAAGCAAGGAUCACGAUGGAAGCGUACCAAACGCUCUAUUGUAGUUCUAUUGCCUUCGGCAUGAGGAAAGCUUUACAGUCUGAACAAGGAAAAUCAGACUUAAUGGACCAAGUGGCAAAGUUGGAAACUGAACGUUCAGCUUUGGAGAAGCAAUGUAUGGAGUUGAAACAAAAGACUGAGCAACUGGAAAGACGCGCGGCUGAGCUUCGAGCUGCUGAGGAAAAACGUCACCAAGAAGAGUUGCUUGCUUUGAAGAAGACUAACGCUCAGCUCAAGGCUCAACUGGAAGGCAUCAUUGCACCAAAGAAGUAA